AUGGAAAACCCGUUCGACCAUCGGCAGGAUCCGUACCCGCCGCGUCAGAACCAAUCUGGUUCACCAUGGAAUGUAAAUAAUCCGAAUAAUACUGGUGCUCCUCCGCCUCCGCCAAGACCACCGAGCAACCCCGCUCCCAACAACCGGGGAGCGUAUUUGCAGGGCAGCUAUACGCCUCAUAGUACUGAAGGUGCUGGAUAUGGGUACAACUCUGGUAUGUUCACAUUUGUUGUCAGUCUAGACCAGCUGGCACCCAGCGCAAUCUGCAAUGCUUGGCUUGUUGGAUCAACCCGAGCUGGCGCAUAUAUUGGACUAGGCUAUGACAAUCCAUACGGAGGAUACUACGACCAACCCGCAUACGAUAAUCCCAACAGCCUGUUCACAUCCACCGGCCAAGUCGUCUCCAACCAGCCCGUCGAUCAAAAUCCAAACCCAUUCCUCACAGCUGGAGGUCAACAAUCGAGCUUGUACAACGACAUACCCACCUUUUCCUCGUCGACGCCCGGCCAUGGAGGCGAUACGAUAGCGCACCGACGCCGUUUAGCGGCGUAA